AUGGCGGAAAGCAAAGCUAUUCAUAGUUAUCCUUCGCCUGCUAUAUCCCACGAGGAAGAUAUACACGAAGUGAACAAAGGAGAGGAUCUAAGUGAUCAUGAGCAGCCACUCGCGUCGCCGUACGCUGAGCAUGGCCCGGGUAUUGACCACAAGAUUCCACAAGACGAUGUCAUUCCCGCUGCACCCGAUCUAGCUUGGAGCAAAAUUAGACGAGCUAUGAGAGAUCCCUUCGCUGAGUUCUUUGGUGUUUUCAUUCUCAUCCUUUUUGGUGACGGUGUCGUCGCUCAAGUUGUCCUCUCUAGAAAUGCGAACGGAGCCUACCAAUCUAUAUCAUGGGGUUGGGGUAUUGGUGUCAUGUUGGGUGUCUAUGCCAGUGGUGUGUCUGGAGCCCAUUUGAAUCCAGCUGUCACAUUCGCCAAUUGUGUCUUCCGUAAAUUCCCAUGGCGCAAAUUCCCAGAGUACUUGGUCGCUCAAGUUCUCGGAGCAUUCAUCGCCUCGGGUAUCGUCUACGCCAACUACAAAUCCGCUAUCGAUCAAUACGAAGGUUAUGGCAUCCGAACAGUCGGACAAGAAAACUCCACCGCCGGUAUCUUCUGCACAUACCCAGCUGAAUUCAUGACCCGCACCGGCAUGUUCUUCUCCGAAUUCAUCGCCUCAACCAUCUUGAUGUUCUGCAUCUACGCUCUCCAAGACAACGGAAACUUGGGAGCUGGCAACCUCACCCCACUCGGUCUUUUCUUCGUCAUCUUCGGUAUCGGUGCGUGCUUUGGAUGGGAGACUGGAUACGCAAUCAACUUGGCUCGUGACUUUGGGCCUCGUCUCAUGUCGUAUGCUCUCGGUUACGGCAACGAGGUCUGGUCUGCUGGAGGAUAUUACUUCUGGAUCCCCAUGGUCGCGCCUUUCUUCGGAUGCAUGUUCGGAGGGUUCUUGUACGAUGUUUUCAUCUUCACUGGAGCGUCACCUAUCAACACUCCAUGGAUGGGUCUCAAGCGAUUGAUUAGACCCAACCGCCAACAGGAGCCAAACCACCUUGCAUAG